UGUUAAUGCCGAAGUCAAAUUUCUCUCUCUCUCUCUCUCUCUCUCUCUCUCUCUCUCUCUCUCCAACAAAAGUGGUGGCUUGAGUGAUUCACAGGAUCAAUGGGGAACCUAUGCCAUAUCCAUGUUGGUACUGGUAAAGGAAGAUCAAGAUUCAAGUGGAAGAGGAAACCACAAGAUGUCAUGGACAAUGACGAUGUCGCAAUACACGAAGGAGUGAAGACUAUCGGGGUCGAAAACUAUUGUGAUUUCUCCGCGGGCAGUACUCCGGACCUCUGCAUUUGCAUCGUGACUUGGAACAUGAAUGGGCAGGUGUCUUAUGAAGAUAUAGAAGAGCUGGUUGGGGGAGAUCGAAAGUUCCAUCUGCUGGUGGUCGGCCUCCAGGAGGCGCCGCGGAACAAUAUUUCGCGGUUGUUGAAGGCAGCUCUACUCGAAUCCCACAUCCUGUUACGGAAAGCCACCAUGCAAUCCUUGCAGCUGUAUGUAUUUGGACCAAAGAAUUCAGAAUUAUUCACAAAUGAACUAAAGAUGGAUAAGUACGCGGUUGGGGGAUGUGGAGGUUUAAUUAGGAGAAAGAAAGGGGCUGUUGGUAUCAGAAUCAACUUCAAAGGAAUCCGCAUGGAGUUCAUCUCUUGUCAUCUCUCUGCCCACACUAGUAAUGUGGAGGAGAGAAAUUCACAGUUCAGGCACAUAUCAAACUCCCUCUUCUCAAAGAACUGGAACCCAUAUGCCAGGCCUGCCCAAAUCACCAUAUGGUUAGGAGAUCUCAACUACAGGUUGCAGGGUAUCAACACAUUUCCAGCCAGAAACCUAAUAAAUGAAAAUCUUCAACAAUUACUCACGAGUAAAGAUCAACUCUUGCAAGAGGCUGAAAGAGGACAGAUUUUCGAUGGAUAUUGCGAGGGGACAUUGGCAUUCAAACCAACGUAUAAAUAUGACAUUGGAAGCACCAGUUAUGAUACAAGUCACAAAGUAAGAGUACCAUCAUGGACGGAUCGAAUAUUGUUCAAAAUCGAAGAUUCAGAAACAAUCAAUGCGUGUCUGCACUCUUACGAAUCGAUAGAGACGAUCAACAGUUCGGAUCAUAGACCGGUUAAAGCUCACCUCUGCUUAAAGAUUAAUAAACAGUCCUCACCUAUAUAUUAGCAAGAAAUCAGUUGUCUUGGUAUAAAAGUGUAAUCUUGACUUUAAUUGUGAUCUUACUGGAAUUUAUAAGCUUAACCCGAAUUUAUUGUACUGAUUAACACUACUAAUUAAUUGAAUGGUUCUGGACAAUUUUCCGCUUAUGGAUCAUCUAAUAAAGUUUG